GACAUUGUAACGUUUCCUUAAGUUGUUUGGAGUAGAAUUUAAAGGUGGAUCACUUGGUAUUGGGAAGCAGGACGUAUGCAGUAACUCCGAAUCUUAUGCUUGCAGGCUGGGCAUGGCCUGAAUGAUUGUAUGCUGCUAUACCUGAAGAAGGCCAGUGUGGAGGCGUCACUUGUAAACAAUGACCAUGACAAUGGCAGCAGCCAACAUGUUGCCCAACAACUCAAUGAACUUCACAGAAAACCAGCAUGGAAACGCUAUUUUGGAGAUGCUCCGCCAUCAGCGGGAGCAGAACUAUUUCUGCGACGUCAUCCUGCACGUGCAGGGCCAGCAGUUUGAAGCGCACCGCAACGUGCUGGCCUCCUGCUCCAAAUAUUUCCAAAACACCUUCAAGCAGGACAAGGUUGUGAAAGAACAGCUGACUAUCAGCUGUGGCGGCCACGAGAUCUUCCGGUGCCUGCUGGACUACAUUUACACGGGCAACGUCGUGAUCGACAAGAACAAUGUGUCCGAACUGGUGCGCCUGUCGAACCACUUCAGCGUGCUGAAGCUGCGCGGCCACUGCUCCGAGUACCUGGAGCGCUACCUGGAUGUCACCAACUGCCUGUCGGUGAUGGACAUGGCCGACCGGUACCAGAUGACCGAACUCCUGCGCACCGCCGUCACCUUCGUCAAGGCCAACAUCGACGACGUGCUGCGGCAGCAGGAGGCCAUGGAGCUGCCGCAGGCCAAGGUGGAGCAGCUCGUUAUCGGCAAGGAGCUGGCGCUGUCGCCGGAGCGGCAGCUGACGUUCGUGCUGAACUGGGUGCGCCACAGCGUGUCGUCGCGCGAGAACGAGCUGCGCCAGCUGCUGGUGGGCGUGCCGCUGCAGCUGGUGGAGCGCGGACGGCUGCUGCAGCUGGUGCAGACGGACCGGCUGCUGGCGGAGAGCGAGCGCUGUCUGUACUUCACGCUGCAGAGUCUGAGCGACGCCGGCGUCCGGCUGCCGGCCUAUGAGCAGCUCUUCAGCCAGAUGGAGGAGAAGUAUAUGCAGGACCUGGUGGUCGACAACGAUACGUUCCUCUCCAUGGCGAUCAGCACGGCCAUAGAAGAGCUGGAGGGCACGGAGGCGACCAUCUUUGACGGCCUUCACCGGCUUCAGCAGCAGGCGGCCGUGUCGUCCAGCCAGAACCCGCCGCCGAUCGAGACGUUCUCCAUCUCGGCCAUCGACGACGCGCUGGGCGGCGUGGAGCUGACCGGCGGUGAGCAGGAGACGGCCCGGGACCUGCGCUGCCACGCCGGCGAGCCGCGCUACCUGGGCCGCUACCAGGAGCCGCCGCCGCCACCGCCACCGCCGGCGGCGGCCUCCCGCUACACAGACUACGGCGACGCGCUCGGCGCCGAGCAGGCGCCACACCCGCCGCAGCUGCAUGACAAGUACGAGGAGCUGCAGGUGGACGAGCAGCACCGCUACGGCGGCGGGCCUGCCGCCGAUCAUCAGCGCAUUGCGCCGCGCCAGAACGCACGCUACCGCGGCGCGGCUGACUGCCACGAGAUGGCCGGCCUGUACCAGUCGCUGGAGUCGCGCACGUUCCAGGCGGCGCCGGACGCGCGCUUGCGCCCGCUGUGCGCCAGCUAUGAGGUGGUGGACGAGGGCCGGCCGGCGGGGCGCGAGCAGGCCAAGCGGAAACUGGACCCGGGCCUGGCGGAGGAGCUGCGCUCGGGCGCUGCCGAGCCUGGCCCGGACAUCCAGCCCACCGUGCACCGCAGCCCCAAGAAGAAGCGGCUGCGCCAGCGACAGGAGCCACCGGUGGAGGAGGACGAGCCCCGGCCGGAGCACACAGGUGACCGCUUCGCUCGCGCCCUGAGCGGCCGACGACAGAUGGCGCCGUGCUCGCGUGGAGCGCAGCUUCCGCCUCCGCCGCCACCUCGGCAUUUUGUGUGUCCCCGCUGUCCGGCUGUCUUCACCGUGCAGGCCGCUCUGGAGAAGCACCGGGCGGAGAAGCACCGGCCCGGCCCGCUGAAGAAGACGUUUACCUGUGAUAUCUGCCAGAUGUGCAGCGAGAAGACGUCGAUCUACUUCAAGCACAUGCGCACGCACUUCGAUGGCCCUCCGUUCACCUGCAGCAUAUGCUUCCGCGAGUACCCAGUGUUCCUGAAGUUUAUGCGGCACCGGCGCGAGCACGCCGAAAACAAGCCGCACCGCUGUCCGGACUGCAACCUCAGCUUCUGGAAGAAGGGCAACCUGAGCUCCCACAUGCGCAUCCACACGGGCGAGCGGCCGUUCAAAUGCGAGGAGUGUGGGGCAGUGUUCGCCCUGAGCACCACACUGCGGCAGCACAUGAGCAGCCACGCCACCGAGAAGAAGCACGUCUGCGACGAGUGCAACUUCUCCACCAAGUACGCCAACCACCUGGUGGCGCACAAGAAGAUUCACGCCGGCGACCUGCACCGCUGCCAGCACGCCGGCUGCAGCUACACCACACCGAAGCGGUCGCACCUGCGGGAGCACCUGCAGGCCCACGCCAAGCGGCGCAACCACCACUGCCCGCACUGUCACCGCGCCUUCAACGUCAAGACUCACCUCAGCCGGCACCUGCGCACCCACGACGAGACGAAGCUCUACCGCUGUCACCUCUGCGACUACUCCGUGCACCGCAGCGACCGGCUCAAGAGUCACAUGGCUAGGCACGCGCACUCCGCCACCAAGGGCCGGCGCGUCAAGGCGAAGAAGCCGCCGGACGCCGAGCCGGCGACGGUGGCGCCCCUGGCGACGGACUGGGGAGUCUUCUGACAAGGGACUGCGGUAGCCGCGUCGGUUAGGCUAUUCUAACGACCAAAGAGGGAUGAUAUUUGUUGACCAGAUGGAAUGAUUUUUAUAUUUUCCGGCGUUACGACGUUCAGCUGACGGUGCAAUGCUGCAUAAUGGCAGAAUACAUGAAUGACCUCUCAUGA